GCAUAAAUACUACAAGCUCUCUGGCAGAAGUUCACUCUUAACACAAUAGCAACACAAAGAGAGAAGUACCACCACAGAAACAGCGUCCGGCCAAGUUUAGUUGGUAGAUUUUUCUAAACUGCAAGAGGACUCUAAAGAUCAGACUUGUGCACAGUAUGGUGGCCUACACGACUGCACCUGGUGAUGUGGAGAUGGGUCCUGAGGAGAGGACGGUGGUGUUGGUGGAAAAGAAAUCCUCUGCUGUUCGGAUAUGGAAGGUGUCCGUGGCCCUUCUCAUUGUGGCCCUUUGUAUAGGAGGUGUCCUGCUGUUUGCUUGGUACUGGAGCGGAAAGCUAGACAUCACGACGCAAUCAGGCCAAAGAGAAGCACUAAUCAAGUCGGACACUGCUGAGAAAACAGAUCCCCACUACACUUUGAGUCGAAUCGGCAGCAAAGCCAAGGCAGCAAUCCACUUAGAGGGUAACUACGAAGACUGCGAGAGUUCGAAACACCAGCUCGAGUGGAGAAACGGUCAAGGCCAGGCGUUUGCUCAGGGUGGCUUCAAACUGGUGGACAACCAGAUCAUUAUCCCACAAACUGGCCUCUACUUUGUCUACAGCCAGGCGUCGUUCAGAGUCUCCUGCAGCGAUGGUGACGAGAAGGGAGCGGGCAGGCGCCUCAUGCCUCUCAGCCACAGGAUCUGGCGCUACUCAGACUCCAUAGGCAGCAGAGCCUCGCUGAUGAGCGCCGUGAGGUCAGCGUGUCAGAGCACGGCACAGGAGGACAGCGACGGAGACGGAAAGGGCUGGUACAACGCCAUUUAUCUGGGCGCAGUGUUUCAGCUGAACAAAGGAGACCGACUGUGGACAGAAACCAACCAGCUAUCGGAGCUGGAGACCGACGAGGGCAGAACCUUCUUUGGUGUGUUUGCACUUUGAAAUGACUCUUUAAUGUGAAACAAAGAAAGUCGAUACGAAGCUCUGCA